AUGAUUCGAAUUUGUGCUUUGAAUGAUUAUGACUCCCCUGGAAGUGAUGGACCUUCAGAUAAGACCUCAGCCACUAAGGAGGCUCUGGAGGCUGAGGCUUAUUCAAUCUACAACAGCGCCCUAAGUCUUCAAAUUGAAGGCGAUGUGGAUCAAGCGGAAGAGAUGUUUGAGGAGUUGCUAGAUCAUGACUUCUUACAAGAGGCUACUAAAUUAGUAGAAGAAGAAGAAUGUGAUAAUCCUGGUCAGCCUGGACUGCAGCUUCUGUAUUCCACGUAUAAAAAUCUGGCUUCGAUGGCUUACAAAAAAGAAGACAUCCACAGAGCCAUUCAGUUCUACUUAAAGGCUGUGAUGAUUGAUGAAACUGAGGUAACUGUUUGGUAUAAAAUAGGAAUGAUAGCCCUGGAGAUACACAAUUAUCAAUUGGCAUCAUAUGCCUUCCAACAGGGUCUCAAAUGCAACAAAAACCACUGGCCGUGCCUUGACCAUGUAAUCACAGCACUUUAUGUGCUUAAUGACUACUGGACAUGCCUCAAGUUUAUUGCCAAGGCUCUUCAAAAAGAUGCUGAAUAUAUGAAAGCCAUUGCAUUCCGUGAUCAAAUAUUUUCUGAACAACCCUCAUUAGAAGUGGAUUCAGCUCCUUUUUUCCAAGCUUGUGAACCUGAAGUUCUGUCUCUCCAUGCUGAUAAAGAAGAAAAAGAUGAAUAUAUCAACGAGGCUCUUGAGAUGAGAAAAAUCAGACGAGAGAUAUCAUAUGUGCCUCCACCUCCUCCUCAUUCUCUGCCAAAACCAAUCUCUGAAUUUACCUGGAAAUGCGUUGGAGAAUGCUUACUUGUUCUUUAUGAUGAACUUGCUCACAGUGUACCACGCAAAAGCAUGGGUCUGCGUGUGGAUUUGACUCCUUAUGUAGCCUCUGACUCUGAGGAAGAAGAGGAGGAGCAAAUAGAAGAGCCUGAUGUCCAAAUGGCUGAGAGUGAACAACCAUGUCCACCUUCCAGCCAAGAGGGAUCAGCAAAGGUUGAAUCUAUGGAUGUCAGCAAAGGAGGAGAUCAGAUAAAUACUGAAGCUGGAGACACACCAGGCAAUAGUGGCACAUCUUCCCCCUCUGUACAAAUGUUAUCGUCACCAAACCCUGCAAACAAUAAUGAAAAUGGUCUUAUUGAAAUGGAAGAUUCUUCUGUGCGGAAACAAGGACAAAAACGGCGUAGAAAUGUUCCAAUUGAAGAAACCGGCUGCAAACGGCGAUCUGCUAGAGUCCGUAACACAACUCGCAGAAAACAAGAAGAAAAUGUUGAUAUUGAAGAAUUGUUGCUUAAAUUUCUUCCCUCCAGCUUAUUAGAGGUUCGAGAAGAUGAGGAAGAAGGAAAAACCGGAGACCAAAACAGUGAGCAAGAAGCAGGUUCUUCCACAGGUUGUAGUAAUGAAACCUCUGAUGUUGUCCAGCUGAUUACGGCCACCGAGGAAAUAGAUGUAGAGAAGUUUCUCAAAGACUCUGUAGAGAAUGGUGGAAUUAUUGAUCUCAUGGGCUCCUACUUGAUACAUUUAUCUGAGCUGGCCCAUUUAAAAUGGUCAGAUGGUUUAGUUGAAAUUUAUCUGAAGGUUUACAACAGUGUCAGGAAACACCUGAAGUUGCCCUCCUUUCUCUGCUCUGAAGAACCAGCUGAGUAUAUUGUGGAAAUGGGCAAAAUGGUUAUUGUGUCAGCUGAACUUAAACUUGAUCAUUGGUUGACGAAAAAAGCCAGAUUGAAAACUUCACCUGCCAAUUCUCGAAAUCGUGGUUCUUGUAGUAUCACCCUGAAUCAGCUGGAACCCAACUUCCCAGGUCUGUUCUACACUGAAGACUUGUGGUAUAUUUCUGGUCUCAUUGGCUUCUCUGAUAUUAUGGCUGCAUACUGGGCUGAACACACUGUACGAGUGUUCUGGCUAAAAGCAAGAUUCUCUAUGCUUCAAGGACAACUUGAGGAAUCGAUAGAAUACUUUGACCGGGCAUUAGAGUACCUUCAAUAUGGGCAGGAAACUGAUGGUCUCUCGAUCGUGCAACUUCCAAAUUGCAAAAUGGAUGAUGUUAUCUCAGUAGAAAAUAUCAAAUUACAGCAAGAUUCUUUGAGAAGAUAUCAAUCUCUGGAAGAAACCCAAAAGCUGUACGACUCUGAAGAAUAUGAAAAAGUGGUGGAUUUGUUGCUGUUAACAUUUACGAUUCCUACGGCUAAAGGCAAAAUGAAUGUCCCAAGAACUACUUCAGCUGGGUUGUUGGAAAUGGGUGUGGCCAUUCCUGAGAGACACUCACAGUUGCUAUUGCUCAUGGAUUCAUUGUUGAAACUAAAAGAUUACAAGAGAUACGUUGUGUGGGGAGAGGUAUCCUUCAAUGAGUGCCUCCUUAAUUACAGAAAAAGUAUCAGCCAUACAGUCAAGGAUGAAUGGGUAGCUGCUAUGAUUCAGCUUUUUGAUGGGUUAGAUAAAGCCAUCCUGACUGAUCCAACAAGUAUUAAAGAGCUGACUUCUGCCUGUACACUGCGUUUGGCUAAGAAUUUGAUCAAAGUUAUUGUUGAUUCUCUCGAUGUUCCUGAAUAUGCUACCGAAAUGCCUAUUUCCAGUGUUCUACCCUGGAAAUUACUCUACCACAUUAUUAAAAAUGAAGAACGGAAAUUAGAAAUGAUACAAGUUCUUGAUGAAUCCAACAAAGAAAUCCUGGAGAAUUCCAUGAGUUCAUCUCUAAUGUUGCUGAAUGUAGCUCAUGACUAUCUUGGCAGACAUGCCUGGUGUACCAAAUCAGAUGGUCAACUGUUGCUGUUUUUCAUGAGUGUACUAAAGACUGAACGUGCUCGCUAUCCUGAAGAUAAGCCACAUGCAUUUAAGGAUGAACUUGACCAAGCAUUUGAACAGUGUGUUUUCUGUCUGUAUGGCUACCCUACCAAGAAAGCCAAGACAAGAUAUCUCCAGGAUCACAAUGCUCUCCAGAUUGACUUAGAUUGGGAAUCUUCACAGUGCCUGUUUGAAUAUUUCAAACCAAAGACUGUACCAGAAUUUGAUAGCUACAAGACGAGCACUGUGUCAGGAGAUCUUGAGAAUUUGGCUCGAAGAAUUACUUUGUUAGUACCCAAAGAAAAGAAUCCAGCUAAUACAUAUGAAUCAGUACUCGCUUACAUUGAGGGCCAUCAUAACGAGCCACCUUCCAUUCCUGUUGAUAAACCAAUUACAACGCCCAUUGUUAAGGAACUUUAUUACUUAUUGGCUGAUUAUUACUUCAAAAACAAGGAACAAACGAAGGCCAUUAAGUUUUAUAUCUUGGACAUUUGUGUCAAUCCAGAUCGUUUAGACUCUUGGGCUGGAAUGAGCUUAGCACGUAUGAGUAGACUUGAACAAAAAUUAAAUUCUACUGAGCUACGUAUGGAUCAACCCAUUUACAAACAAGCAAUUGCCUCUUUGCGAUGCUUCACACGGGCAGUGGAGAUUGACAGCAAUAAUGCAAAACUGUGGAUUGAAUAUGGUUCCUUAGCAUAUCAGCUACACUCACAUGCUUCACGGCAGCUGAAAUUGAUGGAUUGGUUUCCUCUUAGUGAUGAACUUUUCCAAAUUGCCACAGCAAGCAAAAAAGAAAUGCUGUUAAUUGCUGCUAAUUGCUACAAGAAAGCUAAUGAGUGUGAGACAGAAGGAGGCCAUAAUGAAGAAUGGCUCCAUUUUUAUAUGAUGGGUAAAGUGUGUGAAAAGAUGCGUACUCCACCCUGUGAAUAUUUGGAGCAUUACAAGGAGGCUGCAGAACAUCUUCAUGAAGAUUAUGCUGCUUAUCCCAAAAAAAUCAACUAUGUUGUUAGCCCACCUCAUCUUGCUGUUGAAUCACUUGAACUCUAUUACCGACAACAUGUGGCCAUACUUAAAGAACUGCUCUACAAGAAAACUGAGGACUUGGAUUUGGAUUAUUUUGAGCAUUAUCUGAGAGAAGUUGCUGAAGGGCCUUUUGCACAUUUCCGGGAAAAGAAACGACAACGGAAGGAAUGCAAAGAUUCAUCGUGGACUGGAACUGAAGAGAUUGUCUAUUCCAACCAGCCUUCAACUGUUAUAGCUACACCCAUCACUCCAACUAUUGUUAAUAUCACAACAACAGCUGCUGUCCAAAUCACUGCCACUACAGCCACUGCCGUCACCACUACUCCCGCUGCCACUGCUGUCGCCGCCACCACUACCACUGCCACAACUACCACACCUAAUCCAACAUCUACACCCAUUGCAACAAACACUACAGCUCCAACAACAUCAACCUCAUCUGCAACAGUUUCCAUGACGACAACAUCUACAUCUGCAUCAUUUUCCUAUGUCCGUUCCAACCAGGAUCAUAAUUAUUUCCGACAAAAAAGCAGUGACAGUUCUAGCCAUUCUGUGUUGUCAGAAAAACCUGAUGACCAUGCCCCCCAAUCAGACAAGACAAAGACAGAGGACAGUUCUUCAAAGAAGAACAUUCCUCUGCCUGACAUGGUCGGAGACUCUGAGUCUGGCUAUAAGAGUACAGUGUCAUCUGAUGCACUAAGAGUAACUCCUCCCAGCAAAGAGGUGGAAGCCCCUCCUCGUCUGGGUCGAAUUGACCUCAGUCAGCCGGUGUUUGGACUCGAUGACCAGUUCACCACAACAGUCAACCAGGACUACCUCAACUCGACCAUUGAUGCCAAUGCUAUUACUAGCCAGGCGUUGGACUCGCUGAAUGCCUUGCUCGAAUCAGAGACAUUUCGAACAGAUAACAGUGACAUCUUUGCUCUUGACCCCGACUUUACUGGUCAUUCAAGUGAAGAGCAACAAAGUAGAGGCUCAUCGGACAUUGCCUCUCACAUCGGUGUCAGUGAUAGCAACUGCAGUAGCAAAGUUGUCAGCUCUGCUAUACCGGUGACAAACAAUGUACCAAUAUCAAAUAAUCCAGUCAACAGUAGCAACAGCGUUCCAGAUAAUACGAUUCAAUCGCCGCCAAAAGCGUUCCCCAAAUCUGUCAGCUCUGAAGAUGAACCCAGCGAGAUUAGUAACGAAGCAGUUAUGGACAGUGUAUCUAGUCUAUCAGGCAGUAACUCUAAUCCAGGUCCUAUUCCUCCUGUGAACCCCAAAUCCAGAGUACAAAGACACAAAGAAUUGUUGGAUGUCGUUGUUGGGGCUCUUCAUCUCUGCCUUUCCAGGUUUCCCACACAUUAUAAAGCUCUCUACAGGCUGGCACAUCUUCAUUUCUACCAUCCAUUUCACAAGAAUGUGGUGUACAGUCGUGACAUCUUAUUAGGAGUUACCUCCUCCUGGACCAAGUAUCCUCACUUACCUGCCCCAGGCCUUUUUACAGAUCGCAAACAUUCCAACUUUUUUCAGGGUGUCUGGCGUAUUCCGAUUGAGGAAGUGGACAGGCCGGGCAGUUUUGCUUCUCACAUGAAUCGCACAAUCAAAUUACUUAUGGAAGUGCUUCGUAAACAGUGUGAUAACCAGGUAUUAUUCCAGCUUCAUAUUCAGCUCAGCCGAACCCCAGAACCUGGCAGAAAAUAUUUGCGGGAUGCUGAACGUGUGUGCUUCUCACAACUAUCUUAUGAAUAUGCCCUGGACACUAUAGAGUUGCAGAUGGAAGAGGUGUCUGAAGCCGACCGUGAGAGACAAAUCAAAUUCCUGAUGGAAGUCUACAAAGUCUGGUAUCACGGUGUCAAUAAAGUUUACCUGCAUGUUGAACGAACCAAUGAUAUUUUCUUGGAUAUUUUCCGAGUCAUCAUGAAAAACACGAUUCCCAUCAAGACUACAACAGUCGAGCAACUGGAGCAGGCAAUCCGCUUCUGUCAGCAGCAGUUGUCCAUUGGCAAACCUAGUCAAGUGACUUACCAGUCUUCAAUUCCAGUUAUGACUGACUACCAACGCCAGCAGCAGCAGCACCAUCAUCACCAACAGCAGCACUAUCACCUCCAUCAUCAGAUGAGUGGCCAGUCAUCCUCAUCUUUGGGCACUGGUACCGGCCAUACUGGGCCGGUUAGUCAUGGCGGCCUGAUCGCUAUGAGCAGCAGUGGGGUAAGUGGCCAUGUGAAGCCGUGCGACGUGGUCAUUGUCUCCGAGCACGGCACUAUGCAGACCCACCACCGCAACCGGCAGAUGGAGCACGCCGAGUAUUUUGGCCGGCCCCUCCAUAGCAACUCUGUCACUGUUGCCAGUGAUGACAAACUUUCUAUCUCAGCGCCGGAGAAACUCACCUCUGACGUUCAGGCUAAAAUGUCCUCUUUGGAACCAAUAGAUCUGACAGGAGGAGUUAAUCCAGAGCUGAUGUCCAUGUCACAUAGCAACACUUAUCACUCCAUGUUGGGCAUGGAUGGGCUGGAAGGGGAUGUAGACAUGGCUCCUGUCGACCCGCGAAAACUCAUCAAACCUUGCACGGUGAAACUAGCAGCCAUUCCACGCAGCCUCAUGCAUUCUAACAGUUUGACCAUCAAGCCAUCACCAUCCACAGAGGACAUCAAGCAGAGACUGAAGACGGCUCUAUUGAAUCAGUCCCGUCACCAGAUGGGUGACAAUCGCCUGCUCAAGUCCACAUCAGAGCCCUGUUCACCCUCGACCCUCACCCCAGAUAUCUCCGCUACUCAUAGUCAUUAA